AUGAAAAACUGUAAUAAAGAGUUACUAAAUCAAUUCGAUAAAGAUAGCGAUCCAGAAAAACAAAAUAAACGUUUCACAACUAACACAGCAACCACCUCAGAUUCAUUUCAAAAACCCACACCCUCGCCAAUAUAUAAUAAUAAAAAUUUAAUAAAUAAUAUAUUUGUCAGGAAUUCCAUCAGAUUUUUUAUAAAUAAUACUUUUAUAAACGGAUUCAAUGAUAGAAAUGCUUGUUAUAAAGUGGGCGAUAUCAUACCUAUGGGUUUGACGAACGAUGAACCAAAAGAACUCUGUAGAAUGGAUAUGUACGGUGAAGUUGCAAAUGUACCUUGUUUUUAUUCAUGUAAAGAGAAAGACAUUCAAAGCAAAGAUUUACAGGUUCUUUUAAGGGAUUAUGUGGUCAAGGCAACCUUUGAAAUUUUUUCAACACUAUUGUCAGUCCGUAAUCCAGAUAAAACUUUAAAGCUUCAAAAUAAUCCAGAUGAUAAGAAACCAGUCCAGUGUACAAGAGGAAUAUAUAUACCAGAGGAACUCUACACCAAAGGAAAAAACGAUACUGAUCAUUAUGUUUUCAUCACAGCACGCCCAACUCAAGAUUCAAUGACCAUUGCAUUUUCAUUAAUUUGCGAUGCACCCAUUCUCUAUAUAGGUACCAACGAAUGGAUUUAUGAUAGACCACGUGUUAGUAUAUUAAAUUUUAACCCAAAUUACUUUUCAAAGAUUUUAGAAAGUCAAAGCAAAUGGGUUUUUAAUCAAUAUAUGAGGGUUGGUAUACAUGAAAUGGUGCACUCUUUGGGCUUCUCCGCACUUUUAUAUGACAGCUUUGUAAACCCAGAUACAGGUAUUCCAUACAGAUUCGACUCAAAUCAAAUUGCAAAAGUAAUACAAGAAGAUGGUACAACACCUCUAGGUAGACACUUUGUUAGAAAUAAAUCAGUAAUAGCAACACCAACCAUUGUUAAAUUCACCAAAAACUAUUUCAAUUGUUCAACAGCACAGGGUUUCGAGCUAGAGGAUUAUGGAGGAGCUGGUACAGCAGGUAGUCAUUGGGAAAAAAGAUCUGCAGAUGAAGAGAUUAUGACUGGUUACAUUUCACAAACAUUACCUCUUAGCAGAUUAACUUUAACUUUUCUUUACGAUACUGGAUGGUAUAUACCAAACUUUAGCUUUUCAGAGAAUCAUCAAUGGGGAAAAGGAUUAGGAUGUGAUUGGCUCAAGAAUUGUGAUCCAAAAUCAUGGGAUUUACCAGGUUAUUAUUGUACUAAUUUUAGAGAGAUGGAUUGCACUGCAAAUAGAAUGGGCAAAGGUAUUUGUCAUCUAGUUAGAUAUACUGAAUCAUUGCCAGCAUUUUAUCAACACUUUAACUCUACCUCCAUUGGUGGCUCAAACAGAGCAUCAGAUUAUUGUCCAUUCUAUCAAACUGUACAUUCUGUAAAUUGCCCCAAAUGUGGUUACUGUUCAAACACUGAAGAGAAACCAAAUAAAGCCAUUAAAGAGGAGUUUGGUUUUGAUAGUAGAUGUUUCAACUAUAAUAUUAUAUAUAUCGCAAAUGAUACAUCAAGCAAUAGUGCUUGUUGGAUCAAUAGAUGUAAUAACGAAAGAAAAAUACUAGAAGUCAAAAUAGAUGAAAAUUGGUAUGAUUGUGUAGUAAAUAAAACAAUCCAGGUACCAAUUGAUGUCACAGAAAAAGAAACUAUAUUAUUAGAAUUGAUUUGUCCUAAAAAGGAAUUUGAUAUUUGCGAUUUUUAA